UUCGUAUUGUGACGCACUUAAUUUUUAUCCCUUCAAACUAUAGGAAUUGAAAGUGUUUCAUGUAUAGUUUGAAAGACGAAACCCUAACUCGUGGACAAAAAUCUCACUGUUAUAAGAAAAUUAUUCCGCUUGGAUAUUAUAAUUUUUACAAGCGUGUCUAUUGUCGUAUGACAACUUUCCAUUUUCAACACCCAGUGAAAAUAAAAAUAAAAUGUAUUAACAAAACAAAAAUACAUGAUGUUAAUUUAAAGUAUCCCAAAAAGACCUCCUAUCUUACCUUGAAAAAUUCAAAUGCUUCAAAAAUCUCUCGAUUCUAAGAAAAGUAAUCAAGUGUCUCUGAUGGCUCUUGUUCUCUAGCUGAAGUGAAAAAUUAACGGUGUGGUGUGAAAAAAGAGCAUUCAAUGAUUCUAUACUAAGUGAAAUAAUAUUUUCAAAGAGAAUUUAAUGUGAAGUGAAAAAUUGCAUAAUAAGCUAUAUUUUAUAAGAUAAAUAUACAAGAAAUAUUUAUGAAAAAGUUACAUGAAAAUGUUUGAGUGCGAGGAGUUAAAUGCAUCCACUGAUUAAUCAAAAUGCGUAACAGUUUAAUUGUUGACAAAAUAUUUGCUGAAACGUUAAAUUUUUUAUUAAUAUCAUCCAUUGGAUAUCCUAACUGUGGAUAUCAAACAAAUGCUAUGAAUACUUCAAACGAAUUUUUAACAUCAACAUCAACAACACCUUCUUACACAAUAUCAACAACAAUAGCAUCUCUAAGUCAACUACGGAGGGCGAAUAAUAAUUUGGAUAAAAAACAUUUUAAUGAUUCAAGUACUUUAAAUAUGAUAACGUAUUUUGACAAAGAAGAUAAUUCCACAAAACUAAUGAACAGCCAACCAAUGGUUACAGACAUAAUUAGCAUUAAAUCAACUGCAUCACCGGUUUUCAACAAUUCAAAAGAAGCGAUGUUAAAUAAUUCCAUGGAUCUGAUCUCAAAAAAUAGAAUAUCAACUACUUCCCCAAGUUUUCCAACAACUAACAUCUCAACAAUAAAACCUGCAAUAUCGAAAAACGAAAACAAACUGACCCUUCCGAAGUUUCAAAAGACCGAUGCCCCCAUGCUGAAUUAUAUUUUCGAUAUGUUCUCCACAGCAAAUAAACAUCACCAUCAUGAUCAGAGAUACGGGCCGCAUUUUGAAGAUAUACCAAAAGAAGGAAACCCCACAAAUAUAACAGUUCAAGCUGGAGCGAGUGUCUUUCUAAACUGUCGAAUUUCCUUGCUUCAAGACAAAACUGUCUCUUGGGUGCGAAGAAACUCUAUGGGAGAAGACGCUCUCGAAUUGCUGACUGUUGGCUUACAUACGUAUACAGGUGACAAAAGAUAUACCAUGGAAUUUCAGUAUCCAAACAAUUGGAGAUUAAAGAUAACAAAUGCAAAAAAAGAGGACGAAGCCACAUAUGAAUGUCAAAUUUCGACGCAUCCGCCCAGAGUCAUACAGAUUCAUUUAAGUGUUAAUGCACCGAAAGUUGUCAUUGUGGACGAAUACAGUAUUCCGUUGCAGGAAAAAUAUUAUGAGAUCGAUUCAACUCUGCAGUUGUCUUGUACUGUGCGAAAUGUUGUGAUGACUUCCUCCGUAGUUUUUUGGCGACACGGUGAUCAAAUUUUAAACUACGAUACAACAAGAGGAGGAGUGAGCGUGAGAACAGAUCUGAUGGAAGAUGGUGCUAAUUCUACUCUUUCUAUUGCAAGAGUAAACAAACAAGAUUCCGGUAACUACACGUGUUCAAUUAGUGAUUCCCAGGACUAUACUAUUAUAGUUCAUAUACUAAAAGGCGAAAGUUUUGCCGAACUGCACCACGGAGCCGGCAGGCGCACAUGUGAUCAUUAUUCGAUACUUCUUAUUAUCAUUACUUUAAGUCUAAUUUUAAGCAACACAAAUAAUAAGUUUAGAUAGGAACUAAUAAAAUGCUUAGAAUUUUGUUAAGUAAUAAAUUAGUAUUUUAAUAAAGUUUGUUAUGUUUGAAUAUUUUUUUUAAGUAUAUUUAUUACAGGAAUGUAAAAUAAAAACAUAAACAUUUGGA